AUGGGCAAAGUUCCGGAAGCGUUGCAGUCAUCGGUCGUCCUCCUCGCCACUUACAGGGAUAUUAUCAUCUGCAUUGCGUCCUCAGCUUUGGCCGGCAUCGGAGUUGGAUUCUUCAGCUGCCUUCUCUCAUCCGCCGAUAAGCAGAGGCAGUUGAAUGGCGGCAAGCACACGGACCGCAGCCGGAUUCGGUGCGUGCUCGGGGCCAUAGGCUCCACAAUCUUCGGCAUCCUGUCCCUGGUGGGCCUCGCUUAUGGUCCGGUGGCACUUGUCGUGGUGGUGCGGGCUGGGGCCACUUUGCCUGCAAACGCGCUGUUCAGCCAGGUCUUCCAGAUCAGGCCGCUCACGUCGAGUGAUGCCUUGGGCACGCUCGUAACGCUUUCAGGCGUUGUGUGCUUCACUCUCUUUCAGGGUGAUCCAGGACCGGAGGUCACAGUGGGGGUCUUCCUCAAGUUCAUCCAGCGCCCAGCAGCCAUCGUGGUGGUCGGAGCCCUGCUUCUGGCGCUGCUCGUUUCCGUCCUCUACAUGCUGCGUGAGCGCAUCCGCGCGAGGAGCUGUUUGCUUCGAAGGCGGCAUCGUUCAGGAAAUUGGCCGAUGUUCGCAGGGCGCUUGAAAAGGGGCGAAAGGAGCGAAAGGAGCGAAAGGUCCAACUUUCCGGGGCGAGUUGAGCGUGAGCUCGAGGAGGUUCGAAGCUCAGACGAGGACUCCCGACCCAGAACGCGGCAAUUCUGGCGCCAGGAUACCAUGGAGGUCCUGGCCGUGUGCACGGUGACCUCCACCAGCAGCGCCGCGAUGGACGUGGCCGCGAAGGGUUGGGCAGCUCCUCUGAAGCUCGGUCCGGGCCCGGCAUUGCAGUCGCAGCUCUUCUGGAUCUCAGUGGUCUGCAACCUGGUCUUCCUGGUCGGCAUGCGUGCAGGCACGAUCAUCGGGUGCCAUCGCUGUGACGUGCUCCUCUUCAUCCCCUGCUCGACGGUGAUGAACAUCUUCGUGAGCGUGGCCACGGGACUUGUGGUGCUUGAGGAGUGGAAAGAAGUGAAGUCCUGGACGGGCCUUGCCUCGAGCUCUCUGACCGUCCUGGGCGGCAUCAUCAUGCUGGUCACAGGCCCCGCCGAGGGCGACACCGAGAGGUCCACAAGAUCCACAGAGUCCUCGGACUCAGAGAAGCUGGAAGAGGAGGUCGAGACCGGCUCCGAGGUGGAGGAGGCUGGCAUCUGUGACGCCGUCGAGAUCGACGGCUCCGAUCUCGAUGACCCGCAAGAGGUCCCCUCGGCAGCGACCGUCUCAUUCUCGAGCUUGCUCUACACGCACAAGAUGCAUGCCCUGGCAAGCAUGAACAAAAACCACUCCAGGGCUGCCUUCUAUCGUGACUACAUGCAGAAAGGCUUGAGAGCGCUGAGACCGGAGAUGCGAGUUGCUUCUGCGCCGGACCUCGGGGCCCUUGAACGACCUCCAGGAUGA